AUGUCCGCCGGACCCCACGGGCCGCCGCGACGGCUGCUGCUGCUGCUCGCCACGAUCCUUGUCUCCACGGCGCUGUCUGUGGACGGGGCAGAGGUGGUGAAGCUGGCCUCAAAAGCCACCGUUGAUGUUUCCAACUACGGAGGCGGGACUUUACGACUCGCACUGAAGCCGUUGACGGAAUCCUUUUACGAAGUCAAAGACGUCGUGGUGCGGGAACCAGAGAAGGGAAAGCUUGACUCCACCUGCGAAGGAGAAACGUGCACCAUUCGCAGUGGACCGUGUGUCGUGACAACCACUGUCGUCGAGGAGGUUUUCCAUGCAAGUUAUGCAUGCAGCGGGUCUGCGCUGGCUUCUUUGCAAGUGGCCUUGGACUCUCUUGAGGAGCCUUCGGUGGCGUUUAAAUUCCCCUCUGCUCGGCGUCUCUACGGCAUUCCCGAGCACGCAAUGGACCUGCCGCUGCGCAGUAAUGUGACCUACGUCAUGUACAACACCGACGCCUUUCAGUACAAAAUUGACGAUCCCCAACCCCUGUAUGGGUCGAUUCCCUUCAUUCUAGCCCAUUCCUCGAAGACUUCCACGGGGGUGCUUUUUCUCAACAGUGCGGGGAUGCGGGUGACGGUUCAAGAGGAGGAGGAAGUGCUUGGAUGCCAAUGGCGUGCAGAAGCCGGGCUGGUGGACGUCUUCUUCUUUCCUGGGCCAACCCCUGCUUUGGUGCAGAAGCAACACGCCUCCGUCACAGGCAACACUAUGCUGCCGCCAUACUUCAGCCUCGGCUACCACCAGUGUCGGUGGAACUACCGAAGCACAACUGAUUGUCUCAGCGUGGACCAGGGGUUUGACCGGCACAAUCUCCCUUAUGACGUUCUGUGGCUUGACAUUGAGCACACAGAUGGUAAGAAGUACUUCACGUGGGACAAGCACAAUUUUCCCCAGCCAGAGUUGCUUGUCAGUGCGCUGGCGUCAAAGGGGCGGAAGCUUGUCACCAUCAAGGAUCCACACGUGAAGCGCGAGAGUGGCUACUUUGUGCAUGAGGAGGCAACAAAAGGCAACCACUACGUGAAGAACGCUGAGGGAACGGGAGAUUAUGUGGGAAAUUGUUGGCCUGGAUCGAGUUCAUGGGUUGAUUUCUACAACAAACGAACGAGGGAUUGGUAUGCAACAUUUUUUCACCACGACCGCUACGAGGGUGGCAGCCAUGAUGUACACUCUUGGGUGGAUAUGAAUGAGCCAUCCGUAUUCGAUGUGGGGGAUAAUACAAUGCGCCGGGAAGCCAAACAUACCAGCGACAGUGGCAAAUUGGUAGAGAACAAAUACCUGCAUAAUAUGUACUCUGUGUAUAACUUGAUGAGUGUGUACCAGGGGCAUAUAGAGGCGAGCAAAGGUCUGAGCCAUGUUAAGCGACCUUUUAUUCUUACACGAAGUUUCUUCUCUGGAGCCCAGCGUUAUGCGGCGAUGUGGACUGGUGAUAAUAUGGCAAAAUGGGAUCAUCUUCAAAACUCUUUUCCAGAGCUGUUGUCUAUUUCCGUGUCAAACUACGCCUUUUGCGGUGCAGACGUUGGCGGCUUUUUCUUCGAACCCGAUGAGGAGCUUUUUGUUCGGUGGAUGCAGGCAGGUGUAUUUUAUCCCUUCAUGCGGGCUCAUGCCCAUUUGGAGACGAAGCGCCGUGAACCGUGGACCUUUGGCGAAGCCGCAACCGAUCGCAUUCGCGUUGCGUUGGCGCUUCGUUACUCCCUUUUGCCGUACUUGUACACGCAGCUUUUCCUCAGUCACAAGACCGGUUCUACUGUGCUGCGUCCGCUUUUCUACGAGUUCCCGCACGAUGACGCGUUAUAUGAUGAACAGUACACCUUCAUGUUUGGUCCCGCCCUCUUGGCCGCCCCGGUGCUUCAUCAAGGCGUGACAGAGAAGAAUGUCACGGUGCCAGCCGGCAGUGUCUGGUACUCCUACGCCACAGGUGAGGUGGUGCCUCCCGGCGUCUUUCAGAUGAGUGUGGAUAUGGAUUCGAUACCGAUGUUCUUUCGCGGUGGUCAUAUUGUUCCCGCAAAGCUGCGUAUGCGUCGCAGUACGUUUGCCGCCCAGCAUGACCCCUUCACCCUCUACGUGGCGUUGAAUGAGCACGGCAAUAGUGUCGGUGAGCUCUUUCUAGAUGACGGUGAGUCAUUCAAUUAUGAAUCAGGGGCAUACAUGCGCCGGCAGCUUUCGUUUUCGGAAAAUCGGCUUACGUGCACUACUCACCCGGAUGCCGUGGUACCCACCCCGGCCAUGCUCGAAGUGCGCAACACGGUGGAGCGCGUCAUUGUUUUCGGCUACGUAGGACGGCCCAAGCGUGUGAUUGUGCAAACUACCGUGGAUUCGAUUGGUGUUGGCCGCGAAGUGGACUACGAACUGCAGGGCGGCGCAUUGCUGCUGCGCAGGCCUGAUGUUCUGAUCCGUGAUGAUUGGACUAUCGUACUGGAGCGUUAA